UGCUCUAUCGUUGUCCAUGGUUCCGCCAUCUCUCCCAUAGUCUUCUUCAGUCUCAUCGUCAUUCUUGUCAUCUCUGAGUUCGUUCUCUCCAGUAUCAAGUUAUGUGUUGGGAUAACUGGAAGCAGCAGUGCAUUGUCACGUGAAGAAAUAUGGAACAUGAUGAAAGAUUGUGAAUUUUCGCCAACUAAUAUUAUCAAGAUCUAUAGAGUUCUCUUGUAAGGGCUUUUCUUGAGACUGAGAGAUCUGUUCUUGCCGGUCGAGCUUUAGGAAUCAAAAGGGAAUGGACAGCAAGACUCUAUUUCUUCAUGAAGAAAUCAUUAGAAAUAUUCUCAAACGGCUUCCUGUGAAGUCCCUGCUUCGAUUUCAAUGUGUGUGCAAACAGUGGAAAAAUCUCAUCAAAACUCGAUCUUUUGUUGCAGACCACCUUCACCACUUCGGUCAUCGAAAUCUUUCUCUUCUUUUAGAACGGAGUCCUUUGCGCUUGUGUUUGCUUGAUUGCAGGCUACAACUCCAUGAAGUUCAAAAUGCCCCUUCGAGCAAAUCCGUCAAUGGUGCUAUGAUUGUGGGUUCCUGCAACGGCUUGCUUUCUGUUGAAAUCAAUCGUGAUAAAAAAUUUCCUCCUUCCCUUUUAUUGUGGAAUCCUGCGAAUCGAGCGUUUAGAUAUGUGCCUAGAAGAACUUAUUCUGACUCUAAUAAAUGUGAGGUCGGAUUUGGGUUCAGUGCAGUUGCUAAUGAUUACAAGAUAGUGAGAACUUAUGCCAAGUUUGGUGAUGCGGUUAAUCGAGUGGAAGUGUUUUCAUUAAGUAGAGGGACAUGGAAAGGAAUAGAUAUUGGGAACUUGAAGGGGGUUAAACUUUAUGCUGGAAGUGUCACAACUAAUGGAGCUAUAUUUUGGUCUGGGUUAAAACUAGGUGCAGAGGAGAAGGAUGAUACAGAGGUGAUAGUUUCAUUUGAACUAGCAAAGGAAGUCUUUACAUUGCUGCCAAGGCCUGAGUUAGACUAUAAUGCAAGUGAAAGGCUUACUGUUUAUGAGAAUAAGCUUGCUAUGCUUUCUAACAUUUGGGAUGCAGAUGAUGAAAGCUCUGAUUGGAUUGAUUUGUGGGUGAUGGAGGAAGGUAAUUGUGCAUCUGGGGAGGGAUGGAGUUGGAGUAAAAUAUAUACUAGCAGUCCUUGUCCAUACAUGUUAUAUCCAAUGACUGUUUGGAGGAACCAGAUCGUCUGCGAAGCUUUUCCUGAAGAGGAUGAUGUGAAAGGAAGACAUGUUCUAUAUCUGUUGAAUCCUACUACUAAUGAUGCUAAGAGGUUUGAUAUUCCCAAAUGCGGCUAUGUUCGUAAUAUGUGGAAUUAUGUGGAGAGCUUGGUAUCACUUGGCACCUACCGUUGAUUCUAAAACCUAAUUAUUACAUUGCAGAUUUUCCUUUUUUUUUUUUUUGGUAAAACGGGAAAAACCCCUGUCAAACAUUCCAGAUUUACGUUGUUUAAGUACUUUUGAUGGAAAGGAAUCUCUAA